AUGAAUCAAAACGAAUCUGCUACCGAAACAACUAAAACUUAUUCAACAAGAUUGGUGUUAAAGUCAACGAAAGCAACAUCGACAUUGCUCAUUGUGUCCCAGGAAGAAACGCGAAGCCGGGACCAAAGCCUCAUAUGUAAACUCGUUAGAUGUCUCAGUAAAGAACAUAUCAAAGCUAGUGACAUUGGUUUGCCGACAGAUAGUGCAUUAAGACAUGCCCUUAUUCUUGAUCACCUUACACCGCAAGUACAAUCAUUGCUUGGUGAAGCAAUGAAAAUUCAAACUCGUAAUGAACAUAAGUUUUGCUGGGUAAAAAACUUUACAACUUACUUGAGAAAGGAAGAGAAUUCCCAACAUGUGGCUAUCAAAUCGAUUGAAGAUCUGGAGAACCUUGAGAAUAGAUAA